GCGAGUGAAUUCUCAAGAUCCCGAAGCAAUUCACAUGCAAACCCCGUCAAAGAUGAAAAAUCAGACGAUAGACGGUCGCAGAUCCUGCACCUGGAUUGCCAUUCUCCGAGUUGAUUUAUCAUCACCGGAAGAACAUGUCGCCGCUUCGCCUCUCGCUGUUCGUGGCACUUGGUGCGUCCUGCGCUGCCGCCGUGGAGGUGAGUGUUUGCCGUGAUGCGACCUACGACAUCACAGUGGAUGCAGCGUCACUCUGCUCGGGCUCGGGCGCGGCACCCGCGGGCUGGAGCUGCCCCAAAGCGGGCGAUGUGGCUGUGGCCGACUGUCUCUCGACUCUCGCUUCGUUCGGGAGCGGGACCUGUGUGGCGCCGGAGGAUGCUGUGUGCCAGGUGGUCAACGGAGACACGUGGGGAUGUGUACUGCCCUCUGUGGGCUGCAACACACUGGUCGUGGUGGAGAGCGCAUGUGAGACGUGGGACUACAGCGGCGAUGACACGGUGGAUAGCUCCGGGUCUUUUGAUGGCAACGAGGACUACGACGAGAGCUGGUUUAUGCAGACGACGGAGCUGAGAGAGCUCUACGACUGCGGAAAUAAGCCCACGCCCGCGCCGACAACGGCGACGCCCGAUCCGACCCCUGCCUCGACGGAAUCCAACACGACAAAGGCGCCGGCUGCCACCACAACGCCGGCACCUACGGAGGGUAAUGAUAAUGAGCCAGUAGCUGUGACUCCUACGCCUACAGCAACGCCGACUCCGGCACCGACGGAAUGCAAUGGGUCUUCUAGUAGAGCAGCGGAUGUCGGAGUGACACAAUACGGAGAAACAGAAGUAGGUGACGAAGAGAGUGCAGCUGGAGCCCAGACCACCGUGACCUUCGCUGCUGCAGAUACUGCAGGCUUUGGGGGGCUGAGCAACGAGGUCGUGGCGGUGAUUGCAGCGGCAGCGGCUUUCGCUGCUGUCAUCGUGGCUGCCGUGGCUGUUGUUUACGCCAGAAAGAGGCACGUGAAGGAGGAUGUGGAGGAAGGAGGCGAGGACGACGAAUCUGCAGACGAAAGUGAAGAGAAGGAUGAGAGCAUGGAAGAAAAGGAAGAAAAGGCCGAGGUUGAAACAGAAUCCACGUCUCCAGUCGUUCCGCCGACACCUGCUGUGGUGACGGGGGAGAUGGCGACGACGCCCGUUGCUGCUGCUACAAUGGCCAAAGUGACGACUCCGGCCACGACCCCAGCGGUGACAAGCUCAUCUGACUCAACUGUGGAGAUAUCGUCUGACCAUACGUCUGAGAGUGCAGACGACGAUGCAAGGGAGAUCGCCGGUACCAACUCACCCAAGGAGGAGGUUACUGUUAAGGACGACUGAUAGUUGUAUGCACGAACCACCACUUUAAAAGUGCCGUUCAAAGAGUGCUAGCUUCCUAUCAAUAAUGCAGUAAAGUUUUAUUCA